CGGGGCGACUCAUUCACUUUCAACAACAACUGGAAGAGCUUUCUUCUGAAUCAGAAAGCUCCCAAAUCGCUUAAAGAUGAAGAUCAACAUGAAACUUAGUUUGAUUCUACUAAUUGCGGCUGUAAUGUACGUUGCCGCUGAACCAGAGCCAGAACCUGAACCUGGACAUCAUGGAGAUGAGAAGGUUAUAGUCAUCAGAGAGAAAGGCGAGCAAAAACAUCACCAUCAUCAUAAGCAUCAUCACGAGCAUAGUCAUGAACAUGGCCAUAAACAUGGACAUGAGCAUAAACACGGACACGAGCACAAACAUGAACAUGGUCACAAACACGGACAUUUGCACAAGCAUGGACAUGAGCAUAAACACGGUCAUGCUCACAAGCACGAACAUGGUCAUAAGCAUGAGCAUGGACAUAAGCACGAACAUGGCCACAAACAUGAGCACGGACAUAAGCACGAGCACGGUCACAAGCAUGAACAUGGUCACGAACACGCACAUGCACAUAAGCAUGGUCACGAACACAAACAUGGACAUGAACACAAACAUGAACACGGACAUCAACACGGUCAUUUACAUAAGCAUGAACAUGGGCAUAAACACGGACAUCACCACAGCCAUGGACACAAGCACGAACAUGGUCACAAACACGAACAUGGACACAAGCAUGGACAUGAACACAAACACGAGCAUGGGCAUAAACACGAACACGGGCACAAACAUGAACAUGGACAUAAACACGGUCACGCCCAUAAGCAUGAACACGGUCAUAAGCAUGGUCAUGAACAUGAGCAUGGUCAUAAACAUGGACACGCUCACAAACACGGCCACGAGCAUGGUCAUAAGCAUAUUCACGGUCAUAAGCACGGACAUGAACAUAAACAUGGUCAUGAACACAAACAUGUACAUGGUCACAAGCAUGAGCACGGACAUAGUCAUGGGCAUGGACACAAACAUGGACAUGCUCACCAACAUGAACAUGGACACAAACACGGGCAUGCUCACAAACAUGGACAUGGACAUAAACACGGACAUGGCCAUGGUCAUGAACACAAAUGGCACGGAAUCAUCUCUGGUCAUGCUCAUUCCCUUCCUGCUGAAGCUCACGGAUUCGAUAUUCCUGCAGUUGAAGACCAUGAAUUCAAAAAUCUUCCGGAAAUCAGCCAUGGGCAUGGACUUGAUGUGGGUGGCAAUUCAGACAUUGAAAUCACACCUCACCACGGAGAUGUAUUCCAACAUGACCUUUUUGAAGGCAAGACUAGCGAAGCCGAUGCAUCUUUUCCAGAAUUCAAUUCUGGAAUCAACCAUGAUUCAUUCUUCUCUGCUGGACAUGGAGCACAAGAGUACCCUACAUUCAGAAGCCAAGGCCUUCGUGGUGAUCCUAUUUUUGCUAAACUUGGACUGUCUUCUGUUGACAGGAGUGGUGCUUUCGUCAAAGUUUAAAAAAUUUCCCAGAAGCUUCAAAUGUAAAAGGCAGCUAUCAGUUCCCCCUUUUACGAUCGGACUGUUUCCUUCAUGAUAAUUUAUUUAUUCAUCUGCUGGCAAAUCAUCCUGCGCAAGUGGGAAUGUAUAAAAUAUAGGAUUUUUUUCCCAUGCCAUAGUAUUUGCUAUUUGCCUUCCAUGUAAGAAAUGCAUUUAAAAAUAAUACGUUUAGUAAUUUAGAAUUUUAUAAAUGGAAUAUUCUGAGUAACCCUUGCAAAGUGUAUAGUAAGUAUGCCACAUUCAUGCUUAUAUUAUGCAUAUUAAAAACCUGUACAAAAUAAAACGUUAAAAGUUGCUUGUGCAUAAUAAAAAUAAUU